AAUGGCAUUUAAAAAAAGUACUUAUUUGGAUUUUAAAUUCAUAGUUAUAGUUAACUAUAUUCAGCUCAUAAAUAGGAAGGUUCUUUAUUGUCACAUGUGACAUUAAAUUUUCUUCAUAUUUUUUUACAACUAUGUCAGCAGAAAAUAAUGACCUUGAUGAACCCCAACUUUCAGCUGAAACAUUAAAAGCAUUAAAAGAAUUUUAUGAAGAACAAAAUGAAAAAAUCUUGAAUCUAUAUGGCGAUAAAAAAAAUAUCUCUGAUAUAAAAUUUGAUGAAGAUUGGCAACUUAGUCAAUUUUGGUAUGAUGAAAAUACAUGUGAACAACUAGUUAAAUGUGCAGUUCAAACAAUUGGAUGUCAUGGAACAGUAGCUUUAAUAUCAUGUCCAACAUUAUAUAAACACUUCAAAAAUAAUUCACCUUCUAUUUCGGUUAAACUUUUUGAAUAUGACAAGCGAUUUAGUGCAUAUGGAAUUGAUUAUGAAUUUUAUGAUUACAAUGAACCAUUAAAACUAAACAACGAAUUAUUUAAUUAUUUUGACCUAGUCAUUGUUGAUCCUCCGUUUCUUUCAGAAGAAUGUUUGACAAAAUCAAUAUUAACAGCUACAAAUCUAACAAAAAAUAAGCUUAUUCUUUGUACAGGUGAAGUUAUGGAAGGUACUGCAAAGAAAUUAAUUAAUUUACACAAGUGUUCUUUUAUACCUAAACAUAAAAACAAUCUAGGUAAUGAAUUUGCUUGUUUUACUAAUUUUUUAUCUCCUCUUGAUUAGAUAUUUUUCAUAAUAAUAUUGUUAUUAUAUUUAAUUAUUAAAUGUAAGUAAAAAUAUUGAGUUUACAAUAAAUGCAUAUUUUUUCAUUCAUAUCAA